AUUGCUUCCAGCUGUAGGAUACACUUCUCAACCACCUCCUUCAACAACUGACUUGUAUGCAACAGGAAUUAAAAUGGGAUCUACUAUAAGCUCAAAUGAGAAUCAAAGCACUGUUCAGGCACCAGUGAGACCGAAGGAAAUAUCUCCUUACAACUUGCUCACUGUAAAAAUAAUAAGAGUGAGAAAUCUCCGGAAGGCAGACUUGUUAAGUGAAUCUGAUUGCUAUGUGACUCUGUGGCUGCCAACUGCCUCACCUGAGAAGAUCCGGACCAAAACCAUAAAGAAUUGCAAAAACCCAGUCUGGAAUGAAGCCUUCUGCUACAGGAUUGACCGUCGUGUCAAGAAUAUGUUGGAGCUCAAAGUCUGUGAUGAGGAUACAGUCACCAAAGAUGAUGAACUCUGUACAGUUCUCUUUGACAUAAGCAAACUCAGUGUUGGACCUACUGCUCAUGUGACCUUCCAACUGAAUCCAGAGUCACAUGAGGAACUGGAGGUGGAGUUCACCUUGCAGAACACGUUAGAACGUCCUGAAAAAAUCAGCACUAAUGGAGUACUAGUGUCACGUGAGAUUUCCUGUUUGGAAGUCAAAGUGGAUGCAGAGAAACUGAAGCAGCAAUCCACAAAGGAAGAACUCACGUUUACAGUAAAAGGAUCUCAUGAAGGAACCCAGAAGAUUUCACUGAAUCCUGACUCCCUAGAUUCUGUUAUGUUUCACUGUAUAAAAAAUAACCCAACGAAACUGGAUGUUACUUUACCAAAGAAGAUCCUUUCUUCCAUUCUGGCCCCAGCUAAACAGGAUUCUGAGAAAAAAGGAUUCCUGACCCUGCCUCUGAAUUCUCUUCCUUUGCAAAAGAAUAUAACAAUAACAGGGGACAAAACUUUUGACUUGCAUGUAAGGGCAAAAAAAUGUCAACAAGGACAUGACGUGCGCUUGGGGUUUGACCUGUGUACUCAAGAGCAGGAUUUCCUGCAUAAAAGGAAGAAAUAUGUUGCUGCAGCUUUGAAGAAGGUCCUCCAUUUGGAGGAGGAUCUGCAGGAGCAUGAGGUGCCAGUGGUGGCAAUCAUGACAACAGGAGGAGGGACAAGAUCAUUUACAGCAAUGUUUGGCAGCUUAUUGGGUCUACAGAAAUUGAAUCUCUUAGACUGUAUUUCCUACAUCAGUGGUUUAUCAGGCACCACAUGGACCAUGGCAAAUUUGUACAAAGAUGCUAAUUGGUCACAAAAAUAUCUUGAGGCGGCAAUCAGUGAAGCUCGCAAACAAGUCACCAAAUCCAAGAUGAACUGUUUUUCUACAAAUCGUCUGAAAUACUAUUAUAGUGAGCUGAAGGAGAGAGCACAAGAAGGAUACAAAACAUCUUUUAUAGACUUGUGGGGGCUCAUCAUUGAAUCCAUGCUGCAUGAUGAGAAAGACAACCAUAAGCUCUCAGACCAGCAUCAGGCAGUGAAUGAUGGGCAGAACCCGCUGCCCAUCUAUGUGGCCAUCAACCUCAAGGACAAGUAUAGUGCUCAAGAUUUUAAAGAAUGGCUGGAGUUCACACCCUAUGAGGUUGGAUUCUUGAAAUAUGGAGCAUCUGUUCGCUCAGAAGAUUUUGGAAGUGAAUUUUUCAUGGGAAGACUGAUAAAGAAACUUCCAGAAACCCGGAUCUGCUACAUGCAAGGCAUGUGGAGUAGUAUUUUUUCUGUGGAUGUGAUGUAUUUCUGGAAUCUGGCUGGUAAUUCAGAGGACUUCUGGAACAAAUGGACUAGAGACAGAGUAAAAGAUAUCGAAGACGAUCCUGUUCCAUCUACCAACCCUCAUGAGCUGGAGACACGUCUGUUUACUUCUGCAGGCCCCCUGUCUGAUACCCUCCGAGAUGUCUUAACUGGGCGCCCAACAGUUGCAGAAUACCCGAACUUCCUAAGGGGAUUCCAGAUGGACAAAGAUUACUUGGCAAAUGAACAAUUUUCUACAUGGAAAGACACUGUAUUAGACUGCUACCCAAACAAACUGAUGGAAACAGCAGAGAAUACACUUUCACUGGCAGAUGCUGGAUUUUUCAUCAAUAACAGCUAUCCUCCACUUCUGAGAUCACAGAGGAAAGUGGAUGUAAUCCUGCAUUUAAGUUACAAUGGAGGAUCACAGACAUUGCCUUUGGAGCAGGUGGGGAAAUAUACAACAGAGCAAGGAAUCCCAUUCCCUAAAAUCAGGAUGACUGAGGAAGACAAAAAAACCCUAAAGGAGUGCUAUGUGUUUGAAGAUGCUGAGAAUCCAAGAGCCCCCAUAGUCCUUUUUUUCCCAUUAGUAAAUGACACCUACAAAAACUACAAAGCUCCUGGUGUGGAACGUACUCCCACAGAGAUGGAAGAGUGCAAAAUUGAUGUCUCCACUUUCCGUACGAGGGAGGUCUCAUUCAGUGAGGAGAGUUUUGACAGUCUGGUGAAACUAACUGACUACAAUAUCCUGAAUAAUGAAAACUUGAUUGUUCAGGCCUUACGUGCAGCAGUGGAAUGGAGGAAACAGCAGAAGGAAUAGUUAUAGUUGCCUCCUGGAUGAUAUUUUUUGUCUUAUGCUAUUUAGUGAGAUCAAAGCUUUAGAAUGGUUUGCCAACAGUAUCUACAGUAUUUCACAAGACCUCAGUAGAUCCUUCAUCUCAAUUAUAUGACUGUUCAAAUAACCAAGAGUUCACUAUAACCUGCAACAACCAAGGUUUUACAAACAGUUUCCACUAAACAAAAGGAACAUCAGAAACACUAUAUCUAAAUGCACACACAGA